AUGGCUAGUGUAAUAACUCGCAUAUCAGCCCGGGAAAUUUUAGACUCCAGAGGAAACCCAACGGUUGAAGUCGAUUUGGAAACAAACUUGGGUAUCUUUCGCGCUGCUGUUCCUUCCGGAGCAUCCACGGGUAUUUACGAAGCACUUGAGCUUAGAGACAAUGACAAGAGUAGGUAUUUAGGAAAAGGUGUUCAACAAGCAAUUAAGAAUAUUAAUGAAAAGAUAGCACCAAAAUUGAUUGGAUUAAAUUGCACAGAACAGAAGAAGAUCGACAAUAUGAUGGUUCAAGAAUUAGAUGGUAGUAAGAAUGAAUGGGGAUGGUCAAAAAACAAAUUAGGGGCUAAUGCAAUUUUAGCUAUUUCUAUGGCAGUAUGUAGAGCUGGUGCUGCGGCAAAUAAAGUUUCUUUAUACAAAUAUUUAGCUCAACUAGCUGACAAAAAAACAGAUCAAAUGGUUUUACCAGUUCCUUGUUUAAAUGUUAUUAAUGGUGGAUCACAUGCAGGUAAUAAAUUAUCUUUCCAAGAAUUCAUGAUAGUCCCAGUUGGUGCUCCAAGUUUUAAAGAAGCUUUAAGAUAUGGUGCAGAAGUAUAUCAUACAUUAAAAUCAGAAAUAAAAAAGAAAUACGGAAUCGAUGCGACAAAUGUAGGUGAUGAAGGAGGAUUUGCACCAAAUAUUUUAAAUGCAAAUGAAGCCCUUGAUUUGUUAGUAAGUGCUAUUAAGGGAGCUGGAUAUGAAGGUAAGGUAAAAAUUGCUAUGGAUGUUGCUGCUUCAGAGUUUUAUAACAGUGAUAACAAAACAUAUGACUUAGAUUUUAAAACACCAAAUAAUGAUAAGUCAUUAGUAAAAACUGGUGCUGAGUUAGUUAACUUAUACAUCGAUUUAGUUAAAAAGUAUCCUAUCAUUUCAAUUGAAGAUCCAUUUGAUCAAGAUGAUUGGGAAAACUAUGCAAAACUUACAGAAGCUAUUGGUAAGGACGUACAAAUUGUAGGAGAUGAUUUAUUAGUUACAAAUCCAACCAGAAUUACUAAAGCACUUGAGAAAAAAGCAUGUAAUGCUUUAUUACUUAAAGUAAACCAAAUUGGUUCAAUAACAGAAGCUAUUGAAGCAUGCUUACUUUCUCAAAAAAAUAAUUGGGGAGUCAUGGUAUCACACAGGUCAGGUGAAACAGAAGAUGUUUUUAUUGCUGACUUAGUUGUUGCACUUAGAACUGGUCAAAUAAAAACUGGUGCUCCUUGUAGAAGUGAAAGAAAUGCCAAGUAUAAUCAAUUGUUAAGAAUUGAGGAAUCCCUUGGCAGUAGCGCGCUUUUUGCGGGGGAAAAGUUCAGAUUACAGAUGAAUUAA